AGCAGCAGGAAGUUAAACUAUUUCUGUCCAACUCAGUGUUUCCUGAGAGCCAUUAAAAGUACAGCCACUCUUUGAAGAGAGAGAGAGCCAAGGAGGGAAAGUUAAGGAAGAGACAGAUCGCACAGCUUGUUGAUGGAUCCUCAAGGUGGAAAAGCCUUUGGAAUCCUGAAAGCACAGCAGGAGGACCGGCUAGAUGCAAUCAAUAAGGAGUAUCUGGAGCACCCAAAGUACAACACCGACCCAGAGCUGGAAGAUAAGCUCCAAGCUUUCAAAGAGAAAUACAUGGAGUUUGACCUCAAUGACCAAGGAGAUAUUGAUAUUAUGGGCUUGAAGAGGAUGCUGGAGAAGAUGGGGGCGGCCAAGACUCACCUGGAGUUGAAGAAGAUGAUAAAGGAGGUGGUGGGUGAAAUGGGCGAGACCAUCUCCUACUGUGACUUCGUGAAGAUGAUGCUGGGGAAGCGGUCGGCGAUUGCCAAGAUAAUAAUGAUGUACGAAGAUAAGGCAAAGGAGCCAGAGAAACCCACAGGGAUCCCGGCAAAGAAAACCUUCAGCGAUCUCCCGUGACCCAGUGACCAUCCGCAACCCCACGUCUGCUCCAUUCCCCAAAGCUGCUGGUGUCAAGCUCCGUCGCAUCCUGCUGCCACAGGUUCCCCUGCUGAAACUUCCCUCACUCCCACAUCUCACCCAUCGGUUAUCCAGGAUGUUGGUGGGGAGCUCCACGGAUAAUGCAAAAGCGCGGAUAAUCGGGAAAGAAUCCAGCAGACCCCUUAUUUUGUUGUUCAUUAAAACACUCAGUCAUGUUUGCCUGAUGGAGAGUUACCUUGUAUCAGUUUCUCAAGCAACCCUUGUUUCUCUUCAAAGGUUCCUGUUUGCAGACAAAACUACUGAUUUCUGCCGUGUAAGUGAGCUUCACUGUGCCAGAAAGAUUAAAUCACCUUUUAAUGUG